UAGUUGAAUUUAGGUUACAGGAAGAGGACUUGAGAGAGAGGGAAAGAGAAAGAAGAGGAAGAGGAAGGCGAAGAAGAAGAAGAAGAAAGAAGAUGGAGGUAGGGUUUUUGGGGCUAGGGAUAAUGGGCAAGGCCAUGUCAAUGAAUCUGCUUAAGCAUGGUUUCAAGGUUACUGUGUGGAACAGGACCCUCUCCAAGUGUAAUGAACUAGUGGAGUAUGGGGCUACAAUUGGGGAGACCCCAGCAGCAGUAAUCAAAAAGUGCAAGUACACUAUUGCAAUGAUAUCGGAUCCUUCUGCUGCUCUUUCGGUGGUGUUUGACAAAAAUGGUGUCCUUGAAGAAAUUUGCAGUGGAAAAGGUUACAUUGAUAUGUCAACCGUUGAUCCUGAAACUUCUUCUAAGAUCAGUGAGGCAAUCACGGCUAAGGGUGGUCACUUCCUUGAAGCUCCUGUUUCUGGUAGCAAGAAGCCUGCAGAAGAUGGCCAACUAGUAAUCCUUGCUGCUGGAGAUAAGGCACUAUAUGAGGAAGCAAUUCCAGCAUUUAAUGUCAUGGGAAAGAAGUCAUUCUUCCUAGGGCAGGUUGGAAAUGGAGCGAAAAUGAAACUCGUUGUCAACAUGAUAAUGGGGAGCGUGAUGAAUGCAUUUUCAGAGGGGCUUGUACUGGCUGGAAAGAGUGGACUAAAUCCUAAUACACUUCUUGAAGUCUUGGAUCUGGGUGCAGUUGGUAGUCCCAUGAUCAAGGGAAAAGGACCUUCUAUGAUUCAAAGUAAUUACUCCCCUGCUUUUCCUCUGAAACAUCAGCAGAAAGACAUGAGGCUGGCACUUGCCCUUGGGGACGAAAAUGCUGUUUCCAUGCCAGUAGCAGCUGCUUCCAAUGAGGCUUUCAAGAAGGCCAGAAGCAUGGGGUUAGGAGAUCUCGACUUUUCAGCUGUUUUUGAGGUUGUGAAAUUCUCCAAUUCAUCUUGAUUCUCCUUACAUAUAGUUAAUGACUUCAAGGGAAAACAUGGUGGGCUUGAAUUUUAUCAUUGAGUUUUGAAGUUAAAGCUACGCUGGUAAAGCCAUUUUGACGAUUCUGGAACUCUAUUGUAAUGAACUUGCAAGGUAUUGUGAGAAUGUUUUAGUUACUUUUCUUGAUUAAAAAAGGUAGGAUUUUCUGCAGAGUUAAUAUAAUAAAAAAGGGUAAGAUACGUCUGUUGGGUGUC